AAGGAUCCUUCCUUCUUCUUCUUGUCUGAGCUGUGUAGACCAACGCACCAAAUCACACACUCUACUCUCUCUCUCUCUUUGAAAAAUCUCUACUUUCUGAUAGUCUUCGGCGUUAAUGGAGGAGUUUGAGCACAUGAUAGUGGAGGAGUUCAACGAAGAAGACUUCUACGAGAACAUAGAAGCACCCAAGUUUGUAGAUCUCACCGCACCAGAUCAUCGCCCAGAAGGAGACGACCGUUACUGGUUCUGUUCCAGAGUUGGAUGUGACCAGAAGCAUGAAGAGUUCAUGGAUUCUGAAGCAAUCUACAAAAACUUCGUUCUUCGGGUGAUGGCUGCUAGGAGUCCAAGUGUUCGUCUUCGUAAAGCUCUUUACAGAAAAGAUUUCAGUGUUGAACCUAAAUGUCCCAACACGGUUCCUGCAAAGCCUUCGAGAUCACGUGUUUCUAGAUUGGCUAUGAUCUCAUCUAUUCCUCACAAGGCUAAUAACUUGAGGUCAAAAGAAGUCAAAGCUAUUCCAACAAGCAAGAUUGCAACUCCAAAGACAAAGGCAGUAAAAGGAAAAGAGUCAUCGUCAGUUCCUCACAAGGCAUUAACUGAGAGAAAGAAGAAGCAAAUGCAGAGUCCAGCAGCUUUCAGGAGUGUGCAGCAUCCGAGACCUGCAGCAGCAACUAGAGCCACUGAAAGCAGAGUUGUUGCAAAGGCUUUGGUCUUUGGUUCUCCAAAGAAGCUGGUGAAACUGAAGAGAUCUGUGGAGCUAAGCUCCUCGGUGAAGAAGCUGUGCAGUGGGAUGAGGAAGCUUGAGGUUGGAAGCAAAAGAAAGGGUUUGGGGGUUAAUAAUAAGGUUGAGGCUUCAACAACUCCAUCUAAGAAACCACUAAGGACACGAGAGAUGAAGAGCCGAGUGUUUGAUUCAGUUCUGUCACAGAAGAAACAGGUUGGUGAAAAGGUCAAAGGUUCUGCUACUUUGAAAAAGAGGGUCAAGGAAAAGAAAGAGCCUGUGGUUUCCUCUGAUCCUUCAAAAGCUCAUGAAGCUAAGGGAAAGGAACAUGAGAAUCAAUUCUUGGUAGAAAACAAAUCAGAAGAGAAUGCAUCGGAAAAUGCAUUAGCUUUGGACUGUGAUGACAAAGAGAAUGCUACUAUUGUAACGGUCGAUAGAGAAGAUACUUGUGUAUUGGAUAAAGUAAAGCAGUCUGGUGAGACUACGGAGACUGAAGACAAGGAAAAUGUUGCAAAUGCAAGUGAUGUUGAUGCAGAAAAUGAUGACAAGGAAAAUGCUUCAGCCUUGGACAAUAACAGGAAAGUUGACCAAUCCCCCAGCCCUAUGGUGAAAAGGAAAGUCUUUGGCAGGAAAGAAACUUGCAAAACCACUCCAAAGGCGAUGACGAUAGCAGAUAAGUGUUUCAAUGGCAAGACUGUUUCGGCAAAUCCUACUGUGAAGUAUACAAAACCUAAGCUCACCAAUCCAAAGCCUUUCCGACUAAGAACUGAUGAAAGAAGAAUCCUCAAGGAAGCAAACGCAGAGAAGAAACCACAGUGUGCUCUUGCCAAGGAAGAAGAAACUACAAACAUUCUUGGUGUUCAUGCUGAAAAACAUCAGACAGUUAGACUGGAGAAGAACACAACUUCCAGGGUAAAAGCUUCUAGAGGAACAUCCACAACACUUGUUAGAGACGAUGCCUCUGGAGAUAUGGUGACUUCCAAGAGGGUUGCAUCAGGUACAAAGAAGCAAGUGGCUGCAAGUAAAAGAGUCGUAACCAUGGAGGAAACCUCGCUGAUGAACGGAGAAUCUAAGGAAGCUGCAAUCAUCAACAACAAACCUUCUGUUUGUGCUGUUGCUUCAGGGGAGAAAAGACAUGCAACUGUCCCAAAGGGUCCAAACUUCCAUAGCAUUCAUGUACCUAAGAGCUGUACAAAGAGAGUGGCAUCACAUGUCUAAAAUCUUCGGUUUAAUUCACACGAGAGAGUCUUGUAAUUUGGAUUUAUCUUUUGAGAAGUAAGAGAAGUGAGAUUGUUUUAGUGUGUAUAAAACACUUGCUCAUUUUUACAAUUGAUCCAUUAAAAAAUCAUCAUUGUUAGGUAUUAUAGAGCUUAGAACAUCUCCAACCCAUUGCUAUAUUCACCUCCGGAUGCUAUAAAUAGAGAAAAAAAAUAGUAAUCUCUAUUUUAAAAGUAUACUUUUUUAUUUUCAAAACAGUCUUUCAAUUUUUAAACUUUUAUAAUGAUAACAAAAACAAUUAUUUUAUAGGAAAAUACAGUUUUUAUAAAAAAUAAAAUCACACU